AUGGUAAAGAAGAAGACUGCUUCAGUGAAGCUUAAAUGGAGGAGUAGAAGCAGUCGUGGUAAGGUGGAAGUGAAGAUACUGACAACCGAAACGGACAUGGAAGCAGCUUCUUCAAGAAACCAACCAACCAGAGGGAUUCUUGAAGGAAUACUGCGAGAGCUUUGUGUGUACAAUGGCCAUGCGAGAAGCUACGAGCUUAAACCAGAAUACAAAAAUACUGGCGAAGAAGACACAACAGAUGCUCACUAA